AUAUAAUAUCAGAUGUUGCGCAUUACCUUGUAUUUUCACCCAGAGUUUUUUUUUAUUAGUUAAAUCAACAAAAUAUGUGUGACGGGAAAGAAGGCUUUACGAGGGAUGGAGGUACGUAUUCGUGUUGUUAUAACCAUUACUUCAACGGAUCAACAUGUGUUCAGUGUCUUGACGGAUUUUAUGGAAACGAGUGUUCAAAGAAAUGCAACAACGGCCUAUAUGGCGAACGAUGUGGCAAUAUAUGUAAUUGCAGUGCUGUGCAAUUUUGCCAUCAUAUAACUGGAUGCAUUAUUGAGUACAGCGGGAGUACAGAGGUACCCCACAGAGGAUAUGAAAGUUCAAAUACCAAUCAAACUCCAGUUAACUACAACUCACCUCUACCUCCUCUGACCUCGACAUUAUCCACUUCAGAUAUUCAGUUUCCACUUCAAACCAACAUUUUUAUUUUUGCAAUUGGCAGUGUCAUAGCGGUAUUCCUUGGUAUACUUGUCGUACAGUUUUGCAUUAAGCUUCGUAUAAAACGAAGAAAGUAUACACAGCAGAUGUCCGUCAAACGGACACCAGUCAAAGAGGAAGAAACUUAUAAUGAAAUUAACGAGUCAUUAAUAGGCAUAGGAGGAGAUGGUCGCAACGAACAACUACAGUUAGGCAGAUAUUUUGAGUUGCAAGAACGAAAUCAACUCACCGGAGUACCAUAUGAUAAAAUAAAGACCCAAGCACAUUAUCAAGAGAUAAAUAAUUCUCUUGUAGAAUUGUCUUGCAAUUCGGAUUCAAGCAACAGCAACGCAUCAUAUUUAAAACCAAAAACUAACGAAAAACAUAGUUACAUAGAUGUUAUGGAAUCCAGUACUGCAAAAAGUGGAAUUACAAUUCAAAACAGUAAUGACAACUCAACAAAUGAUAGCAGCAAAGCGUCGUCGCAAUACCUUCAACCUGUUCACAAUACAGAAAAGGAUGAAACAGUAUUACAGAGCCAUGAAAUAGGUGACAAUAAUGGUGCUUAUCUAGAUGUAACACAUGAUACAUUUGUUUAAUUCAUUGGUUUUGGUUUUUUACGUUCUGGAAUUCAGUGAGUCUAUACAAUUGACAAUGAAAACAAAAUGUGUUCUCAUUUUUAUGAAAUUCAGAACGAUUGUAAAUUGUAUUUGUUGAAAUACAAAUUGUUUUCAUUUGACGA